CGCGACAUUCAGGCCUGAGCACCCGGUCUCAUACAAGGCGAGAAAGGGAAGGCUGCAGGCCAGAGAAGGGAAGGGGACGGGAGGGGAGGGGAGGGGAGGGGGGAGGUGGUGUAAGAGGCAGACAGCCGAGCAGAACAAAGCUGAGCACUGAUUGAUUGAUUUGCUCUCGGACUCCUUCCUCCCUCAGAGGCGAAAAGGAAAAGUCGGAGCCGAUGAGGAGAUGUGCUGGUAUCGCUGUAGCUGCUCCGCUUUUCAUUUAAAAAGAUAGACGUGAGAUAAUCCAAUUCCCAGGCGGAAGAGUGAUCCCCGGCACGCAAGACGCAGGUCGCUGACAGGAAGAAAACGAUAUCGAUUGGCGCUCGUGUGCUCUGGCCGUAGAGAUGUCGCUUGUACAUGAUUGUGGCGCGAAAGUGGGAUUAGGUUUGAACACACGUGAAUAUCAGUGAGAAGGCAAUGUGCAUCUCUAUCGGAGUGCAAAAGUUUGUCUUGGCAGCAGAUCGUGCGGGAAGGUAGCUGACUCCGAAUAGCCGUAAAUGGCACAUCUUAGAGAUUUCGAAGACUACUUCCGACGUGCCGAUUUGGACAAGGAUGGCAGGAUCAGCGGGCAAGAAGCGGUCGCAUUUUUCCAGGGAGCCAACUUACCGCAAGUCACUUUGGCGAAGAUAUGGCAAUUUGCAGAUCAAGGGCAGAGUGGAUACUUAACGAAGCUUCAGUUCUACAAUGCUUUGAAGCUCGUGACCGUCGCUCAGACUGGAAGGGACCUUACGUCGGAUAUUGUACGAGCCGCUUUGGCUGGACCCGCUGCUGCACAGAUUCCCGCCCCACGAAUAGUAACUCCUGUACCUUCCACCCCAAGCUAUGGGGCGCCAUCUGUGGCCUCUCAGGCACCAGGUUAUGCAUCUCAGUACCCAUCUGCUGCAGCAGCACCUCAGAGUCGAUGGUCUUCACAGCCCUCUGCAUCACCCGUAAAUGCAGCUCAAGUAACUUCUCAGGCGGUUCCCAGACCUGGUUCAGCAUCAGGAGUGAGACCCGGGUUCGCUCAAGAUACUUGGCCUUCUAUAAAAUCUUCAGGCUCCGCGGCAACUCAUCUCUCUACUCCCCAAGCGCAGACGAGUGCAGCAGCCCCGGCUCAAACUUUUCAAGUGAGCGCCAAUCCGUCACUACCGUCACAGGUGCCGGUAAGGAAGGAUGCAUUUGGUGGGUUUGGGUAUGAAGCAGGUAAAUUGUCAAAUGGUGGCGAUGCUUCUAAGAUUGCUUCCAACACUGGCGGGAAACCAUCUCUGUCCGAUGCCUUUGGAGGUGAUCCAUUCGCCGCAAGUAACAAGACACUUUCAGUCUCAACUCAGAAGCCUUCUUCAGCUACGAGCACUUCCCAGGGUUUUGCGGACUUUGGCGAUGGAGGAUUCAGAGCAAAUCCUGUCGCCACUGCUGCCCUGGUUCCAACAGAUGUGGCCUCUCGGUCAGUGGGCAGGGACUCACUGCCAGUUCCUACUGCCCCCAUUCCUCGGCCAGUUAUGGCUGCCCCACCAGCGAGCGGUGGACAAGGAUUCCCUACCCAGCCAGCACCCGUCGUGGGGAUGGGCAUUCCAUGGCCACGCAUGACAGAGUCUGAUGCACAACGUUAUACAAGAGUGUUCGCAGAGGUGGACACGGACAGAGAUGGAAAGAUUACAGGCGAGCAAGCUCGAGAUCUUUUUCUCAGCUGGGGUCUUCCGAGAGAGGUCUUGAAGCAGGUGUGGGACUUAUCAGAUCAGGAUGGUGACAGUAUGCUUUCUCUACGCGAGUUCUGCACUGCCCUUUACCUUAUGGAGCGUUUUCGGGAAGGGAGACCUUUGCCUCCUGUUCUGCCCACAGGCUUCCAUUAUGACGAUCGCCAACCCGAAGCCUGGUCAAAUGUAGCUGCUUCACGAAUAGAGCAAGCGCGCGCUACCAUCUCUCAGCACUCUGCAGGCUACAAUGUUCCUAGUUGGCAACAGAAUCCAGGAAUUCUUCAGUCCACUGGUCUAGGAUCAGCUUCUGUUUCACGGCCGGGUUUACCAACUGGACUGGAUCGACGUAUGCCAGUGCAAGGCGCUGGUGUGGAAGCUGGGCAGCCUAACGUGUAUAAAUCCAAGGCUCCUGUACUCGAGUUGCAUCUCGUUAACCAAUUAAGCAGGGAUGAGCAGGAAACUCUAAAGACAAAACACAAAGCUGCUGAAGAAGCAGAUAAAAAGACCUUCGAGCUGGAUAAGGAAAUAAUGGACUACCGAGAAAAAGCGGAGUUUUAUCGAAUUAAGUUACAGGAAAUCAUAUUGUUCAAAAGCAGAUGUGACAACAAGCUUUCUGAGAUCACGGAGAGAGCAGCGGCAGACAAGCGUGAGAUGGAGGCACUAGCUAAGAAAUACGAUGAAAGAUUCAAAGCCGCAGGUGAAGUGAACUCUCGGUUGCAAGCAGAAGAAGCCGUGUUUCGUGAUAUUCAGGAGAGGAAGUUGGAACUUUAUAAUGCCAUUGCCAAAAUGGAACAAGGUGGUGAUGCCAAUGGAUUGCUACAGAUUAAAGCAGACCGCAUAAGUAUGGAUCUAGACGAAUUGAAGAAGGCGCUUAAUGAACGAGCCAGACGUUUGGGCUUGCGUGUGAAGGAAACUGCUCCUACUGAGCAGCAAUUUGGUUGGCAAACUGGGCUUCAGGAGAAUGCUGCAGAGUGGGAUGAAGACUGGGAUAAAUUUGAUGACGAAGGAUUUGUUGCUGUCCAGGACUUCAUGGAAAAUUCUACUGGAGCCCCACCACCAGUGUCAACACCAGUUCUGAGUUUAGGUUGGGAAUCUAACAGUCCAUUUGAGGGUGGGGUAGACUCCGUCUCUUCCCCGCGAUCAGAUCGUAAAGAUGGGGACCAGUCUGAGGAUUCCCCUCCACGGGCUGCGGCAUCCGAGCUUGCCUCACCGCCGGCAGAGAGUGAAACUUCUGGAAGAAGCGGGCUUGAUAGUCCUACCACAUCGAGUUCUUUAGCUGCUGGAAGAAUCAGUUUUGAUAAGUCAGGAUCUGCAAACAAAGCCAGCCAAAGGUAUGCAAAUGUUGCGGAAUCAAAUGACUUCGGCGGAGAUGUUUUCAACAAUCCAACAUCGUUUAGUUCAACAACGAACAGCUUCGAACAAGGACCACCGUCGUUUAAUUCUGUUAGUGAUACUUUCGGGGAUGGAGCUGCGUCUUGGUCAGCCGCAUUCAGUCAUGACGAGGAAGUCGACUCUGGCAUGCGCGCCUCGUGGGGUUUCCAAAGCUACCCAUCUAGUACUCAGGCAUCGUUGGAUGUUACUGGAAAUCGUACUUCGCGUUUUGGUAGAACUUCCACAACGUCACAAGGAUUUGCAGAUUCCUUGGAUUAUGGUUCUUCAGGAGUAGCAAGUCCUGGGAGGGUCACCGACGGGCUGUCUAGCCCAGCUCAAAGCCAUCGUAGUAAUGGGAAUUUCAAUUUUCGAGAUUCGGAGGAUCUGGAUGCGUUUGGGUCGCCUAGUGCAUCUAAAGACUUUGAUAGGUCACCGAGGUUCUUUGGAGGUAGUAAUACAAUGCGGGGAAGCUCUGUGUUCGAUAGUCCGCGUGCUAAAUUUGGAGCUGGAAAUGAGGCUCGUUUCACCAGGUUUGAUUCUUUCAGCCCACAAAACAACCCAGCGUCUUUCAGCAGUCCUCAAAACAAUCCUGCGUCUUUCAGCAGUCCUCAAAACAAUCCUGCGUUUCCGGGAAGUGCUUAUGGUGAAGACCGUCACGAGAACAAUCAUUUGCAUGCCGGCAAUGAUCGUACGUUCAACAGAUUCGAUUCUUUCGGAAGUGUGAAAUCUGAUGCUGGCCGUGGAAGGAGCGGGGUUUUCACCUCUUUCGAUGAAGGAGACGAUUUGUUUGCGGGUACUGGGCCAUUCAAUGCUGGUAAUCAAGAGAAGAAGCCUUCUGAUCUCGGCUGGAGCAAUUUUUAGAGAAAGUUUACUGCACUCGUCUUCAGCGCCGGUGUCCUUCCAUGCUACGUUAUAUUUGUCACCUCAGAAUGUUGUGAGCAGAUUUCUGUCAUUUGGAGUUGAGUUGUGUUUAAACUCUGUCAAUACUCGCACAUGUGGGUACAUUGACAUGCCAGCGUUAUUAGCAGUUUCUUACACUCUGAGAUUAAGUCUGUAAGUUACUUGAUGCCGCUACUGUCAGAUUUUCCAAUCUGAUCUGCCCUAGCUGUGUAUAGGAAACUCACUAGCUUUUACCCAUUCUGAUUUUGUGAAUGGUCUAUCCUGGGGCAUGGCAGUCAUCUCCGAGGUCGUACGUAGUCAUUGUCUUUUGCCAGUUAAGUGUCAUGAUGAGUUACGUGAACUAAAUAGUUCAUUAUUGCUUGCGAAGGAGAAUGAGGUCAUUUUUCCUCAUACAGUGAUGGAUGGAAUGUAGAAUCGAUUGUAUUUUAAUAUAUCAUCAUUUCAAAGCUUCGCAUGAUUUGUACACUAUACUUUUUAUUAAACUAUUUGGAGAAAAAACGG